CUGAUAUUUAUAGAUCGUAGGGUGUUGUUAGAAUUCAAUAAUAAAUGCAGUAAAAUGGAGGAAACGAAAGUGAUUUAUUAUAUAGAUGACGAAGAGACGCCAUAUCUCGUCAAAAUACCUAUAUCACCAGAAAAAGUGACUUUGCUGGACUUUAAAAACCAGUUAAACAGACCUAACUACAAAUUUUUCUUCAAAUCUAUGGACGAUGACUUUGGUGUAGUUAAAGAAGAAAUUGUUGAUGAUAACGCGCAUCUUCCGUGUUUUAAUGGUCGUGUAGUGUCGUGGUUAGUUUCAGCAGAGGGUUCCAAUCCAUCCGACGGUGCAUCUCAGUGCACUGACAGUAAUGCUGGUAAAACGAAGCAGACUCCAGGGGCUCCAGCAGCACCUAUCACUAGAGAUACUUGUACUGAUACGGACAGUACUAUAAGCUCGAGGCCUGGACACAGGGCAUCUUGUGACAAAUACAAGUACAGAGGGCUCAGAAUCAAUGGUCAUUCGAAAUACAACCAUGGUCUGGAAUACGAGACGGCCUCUGUUCUCAGCUCUGACCUGGACUCCACUAGUCUAUUUGAUAGUCAAUCUGAGAUUACAACAACUACAGGUCGACAUACAAAUGCUUCAGUAGAUCGAGCAUUGACAGAAUGUUCUAGUGUCUCUCAUCUCCAGGUUAGCUCACGGAAACGUCCUCAAAGGAGAAGGAAACGACCCCAGGUUAUGUCAAGGACAUCCUCCUACUCAUCUAUAACAGAUUCCACAAUGUCCAUGCAUAUUAUAACAGUGACUUUGAAUAUGGAUACAGUGAACUUUCUGGGAAUUUCAAUUGUUGGGCAGUCAAAUAAAGGUGGGGAUGGUGGGAUUUAUGUUGGAAGUAUUAUGAAGGGUGGUGCUGUGGCUUUGGAUGGCAGAAUUGAGCCUGGUGAUAUGAUUUUACAGGUGAACGACGUAAACUUCGAAGAUAUGACCAAUGAUGAAGCGGUUCGAGUUCUACGUGAGGUGGUACAGAAGCCUGGCCCAAUUAAACUGGUUGUAGCUAAAUGCUGGGAUCCCAACCCGAAGGGCUAUUUCACUAUUCCAAGGACUGAGCCUGUGAGGCCCAUAGAUCCAGGUGCCUGGGUGGCGCAUACCCAAGCCCUGCGAGAAGCAUACCCGCCACCUCCGUUAUCCACCUUACCGGCACCCACCAUACCCGAGCGGGCUUCCGACGCGGGCUCCAUUCCAGCGCAUGAACCACAGCUGUCCGUGGGCAUGGACAUGGCGUUGGUGGUUAGAGCUAUGCUCAGGCCGGAUUCAGGCCUCGAAAUCCGUGAUCGUAUGUGGUUGAAGAUUACAAUUCCAAAUGCAUUUAUUGGUGCCGAUGUGGUGGAGUGGAUUUUGCAGCACGUAGCUGGUAUCACUGAUCGUCGGGAUGCCAGGAAAUAUGCUUCGCAUAUGCUUAAGGCUGGCUUCAUUCGUCACACUGUGAACAAGAUUACAUUCAGCGAGCAAUGCUAUUACGUGGCGGGUGAGCUGUGCGCUGAUAUGGCUGCGCUUCGCUUGAGGCAGCCGGACGCCGACAGUCUGGCCAGUGACACGCUGGCACCGCUGCCUAACCCCAAUAUGAUGGGUCCCGGAUAUAUGGCGUAUGCUGGCUCGUACGGAUACCAACCAAUACCAUUUAAGUACAGCUCAUGCGUCACCAGCGAACACACCAUUUACGGCUAUAACCGCGAAGAAAGUGUUCUGUCUGGUAGUGGAGGCUCCAGCGCUGGUUCAGAUCAUCUCACAGCAAAAGAACCAGCCGCGAGCCGCGAGGGCGAGGCGAAGUCGUCGAGUGGUUCUGGGACGAGCGUGGUGGAGGGUGGCGGGGGCGGGGGAACGCGGCGCUCGCACUCCAGCGGAUCCGACCGGGCGCACGACAGGCCCGUGCUGUUCCUAUAACGGACAAAGUUGUAAGAGUCCGCUACUGCCAAAUAAGAUAGUCUUGUAUUAACGUAGUGUAAGAGUAAUAAUAAUAUAAUCUUACGGUGGUACCACCGAUGUUAUUGCCAUUUUUUGUACAUACCCACAUUGGUACACAAAACUGACAUAAAAAAUAUUUGAUAUUUAUUAUAAUAUUUUUUUUAAAUAUACUUGAAUUGAUAAAUUAUUAAUUUGUUUAUUAAUAUUUCAGUAUUAAUUUCUGAUAUUUUAUAAGAUUUUCACAAGUUCUUGCUAAUCUUUUUCACCAAUAUUUGAUUGACAUUGUUUUAUUGACUGUCAAUAAAUAUCACGAUACCUGUAUCUAUAUAUAUUGUAUCAACUGGUCGUGCUACACUUUCAAUAUACAGUGUACACUCUAUAUAACGACACUGAAGGGACUGUUAUAUGGAGCUUGUCGUUAAGUGGAGAGAAGAAAAACGUUUAGAUAAUCCAUAACAAUGCCAAUGACAGUCUACAACUGCAAGCAAUCCCAAUUUGUAAGCAAAAGAACGAAAUUCUUAGAAUGUUCGUAUGCAUGAUGCUAACAGUCGAGUUUAUUGCGGGCUGGGAUAAUUUUAGCAACUUAAAAAGUACUUUAUUACUCAAUUGUUGUCGUUAUUGAGAGAUGGUGUAAUGAUAUGUGUACAAUUGUAAGACAAGCUAAACCAACUAAUGCCAAUUGAUUUCGACGCAUUAAGGAGUUCGUCGUUAAAUCGAGGGACGUUAGAUGGAGUUUACACUAUAUAUUGAAUCAUCUGGUCGUACACUACACUUUCAAUAGAUAUUGACUUCAAAUCGUCAGUAGUAAGAGGAUAAUUCUUCGGAGCAGACGUGUUUCGUAAAAAUAGAUGUUCUGUUGUCUUCUCGCGAUGUGCCCCGCCCAUUUCCACUUUAGAUUGUUUUUUUUUUUUUAUUGUGACAUCCGUUUCCUUUUGUUUUUCUUGAAGCCUGGAGAACUAUAUAGAUGAAUAAUGUUAGCAGGAGGUAUUUUUGAACUCUUUUCAUCAAUAAAUAUUUAUUUGUGUUUGUGUACCAAUGUGAACAAUAUUAGUCUUUUUUUUUACGAAUUUUUUCCACGGAAUUGAACAAGGUAACGUGCCAUUUUCUUUUAUCAGCGAGCUUCCGCGUACAAAAAAGUUUUUUUGCUUAAAUUAAAAAAAAAAAAUUUCUGUUCGAUAAUCGUUUAUUGUUAUUAUUUAAUUGAUAAUCGUUUUUUUUGGUCUUGUAAUUUUGUGUGUGAAAUUUGCGGGUAGCACAAAAUUGCGAGUACAAAAAAAAAAUUAGUUCGAGUUAUGCCAUAACAAGUCUUAUGUAUAUUAUCUUUAGGUCUAGAAUUGUGAAUAUGUUAGUCUUUGUUAGGUCUUACGCUAGGUAGGUGCUGUAGAUCUAGUAUUUAUAAUGAAUGUAAUUUGACGUUUUGGAGGCCGUUUUUCCAGUUAGAAUAUACGAAUGGUAAUUGCUACGAAUCGUUAUUGUGUAGCAAAGUUUGGAUGAGAUCAAUUUAACUGAAAGUGGUUUUUUUAUCGAGAGCAGUGUAAGCAGAUGGAGCAGGUUCGUAUCCUGGUUGUACACCAAUGUAAUGUACUGUGAGCAUUUAAAAUUGCUCGUAAGAAGGAACAACCCAAGAAGUCGACGGAGAUAGGCACAGAUGGCACCCUACUUGCCUGUUAACAAAUUAUCACAAUGCAGAAAUCUGGGGCCAAGGGUGGUAACGCACGCUUUUUGAUUAAUAAAAGCUUUCACUGAAACGACAAAAAUUUUCGUUUUAUCAAAGGAAAUAGGUUAAAAAAUAUAAUUAAAUCUUAUAAAGAGAGAAAGGGCUGCACUAUCUCCAACCGAAAAAAAGAAACCAAGACCAGUCUCUAACCUUGUGAGGUUUUUUCGAAUGGAAACUCGCUGUUGGCCUUAAGAGCCUUUACAGCUCAGCUCGGCCUUUGCGUUUAUCCCACACGGCUAGCGCAAAGGCGUCUCCGGUGAGACUCGGACCUCGGCUUGGGCCGUCGCGGGGUGUUCCAUCGCCUAAAGGGCAGGAAGGCAGCUCAUUCGAGACGUUCUAUAUAUGCUCAGUGAAAUUACUUCGCUAGCGCGUUUUAAUUUGUGACGUCAUCGCAUGUUUGACCUGCACAUUGUAGAUGUUACUACGAAUUGUAAUUACUGGAGAGAUUUCAAAAUUCUUUCCCUGAUAGACUACUGCAUCCCUUAAUUUUAAAAAUUCCAGACCAGAAAUUUAAUCUAAUAAAUAAUAUUAUCUCUAUGCAACAAUUAAUGUGAUGAACUGUCUUAUCGUGCGUUUGACAGUGUCGUGUUGUGACCAAAAAUGGCCUCCAUACGUGAAAGAUAUGGAAAUGUGUAGAAUUUUUUAUUUUAUUACGCAGUAUGUUGACGUAUUUAUAUUAUAUGGCAACUUUAGAUGGUAGGGUUGCCAACGAAUGUAUACGUAGAAAUUGUUAAUUCAAAAUUAAUGAGGGUAACAUUGUAUCGAAAUUUAUUACACUAAUAUGCUAAUUCUGAUGUUCAUGAGUCAACAGAAAAUUCAGGAAAUAACAACUGACACACAUGAAGUCACAAUUGAUAGCUCUAUCAUUUAUGACGUCAUCUAGUAUACAGAGUAUAGAUAUGGAUUUUUGACAGUUUUUUUAUUUAUUAAAAAAACAUUUGUAUUAAAUUGGAUUUAAGAGUACAUUACUAUACAACUGUUUAAUAAACUAUAUGUUUGUCUAUGAACGCGAUAGACUCAAAUUGUAUGGAUUUUCGUAUAGUUCACUUCUUGAGUGUGGUUUAAGUCAUAAUGGUUUUAAUUAAUUGUGAAGGCGUCACUGUCUUGCCAAAAUGCUUGCGAAGCUAUGGAAAGAAGCUCACAUAAGAAAUGAAGUUAAUAAAGAAUCUAGCAUCAUCAGAGUUAGCAUCUUAGCUACAGGUGGGUACCGCGGCUGCAUUUUGACAGUUCACAAAAAUAUAUUUUUAUGACUGGUUCUUAUGUCUUUGAUAAUUAAGUCGACGAAAAUGUAACAGUCAACUUUGUAUCGGUAAAACAUAAACUAAUUUUGACAUGUGUCAUCUGUCAAAGUUUGGCGGUAACGCGGCUGCACUUUGACAGUUCAGAAAAAUAUAUUUUUAUGACCGGUUCUUAUGUCUUUGAUAAUUAUGUCGACGAAAAUGUAACAGUCAACUUUGAAUCGGUUUAAAGAUAAAGUAAUUUUAUCAUGUGUCAUCUGUCAAAGUUUGGCGGUAACGCGGCUGCACUUUGACAGUUCACAAAAAUAAAUUUUUAUGACUGGUUCUUAUGUCUUUGAUAAUUAUGUCAACGAAAAUGUAACAGUCAACUUUGAAUCGGUUUAAAAAUAAACUGAUUUUGACAUGUGUCAUCUGUCAAAGUUUGGCGGUAACGGCAGUGUUUUGGGAACCCUAAUACUUGAGUCUGUUUGCGUCAUUUUUAUUCAAAAAAAAAUUUCUUAUUUUGUAUUUUGAUUAUGUUAUGAGUAUUUCCGAACCAAAUCGAUUUAGGGUCGUUGAAGAAGAGAGCGUAUCAAUUCUUAAAAGGCCGGGAACGCACUCGCGAGUGCUACAGAGUGUCCAUGGGCGGUGGUAUCGCUUAACAGGUAAUCAGGUUAUCCUCCUGCCCGUUUGCCCCCGGUUCUAUAAAAAAGGUCACUGUCAGGAUUAUAACGUUAUUUAUCAACUUGACAGAUAAGAGUCAUACUUAUCACUAAGUCUGAGGGUUUGAAGCAAAUAUCAAGCAAUUCUUAUUGAACAUUUUACUAAAAUUUGCAAGACAGAAUGUAGAAGGCGUUGUCUACUUGGCUUAGGAACGCGGUAAUGUGUCGCCUCAAUUGGAGGUUGGUUUUGUCAAGUGUCAAAUGUCAGCUGUCAUAUUGAGUUGGCGCAAUUAGACAAGUUACCCACCUGUAGCGAGUGUAUAUAAUUAUAUAUAGGUUUGGAACGGUGCAGCUUGUAAUCUGUAGAUUAUGUAUUUAUUUAGAAUUAUUUGUGGACAUAUCACCGACUUUUUAUUGGUUUUAGGCUGAUUGUGCACGAGCGGUUUCAUCGUGGCGUUCCUUAAUAUUAUUUUAAUUCUUAAUACUUGUGGAAAACUGAAUUAUAAAAAUUGUUUUGUUUUUUUUUUAAUUUCUUUAAUAUUAACGUUUUUAAACGAGAGAAACUAUAAGGUUUAUAUUCUAAUUCAUAUCUCAAGCCACAAUCUUAUGUUGAUAGCUGUCAAAUAUGUCAAACUUCAUACAGAAUAAUGAUUUAGCAGCUCUUGAAACUAGAUUUAAGUUUUGCGACUUCCUCAAUACAAAGAGUCCUCUCGUGAGUUGUGUGCUGCGAUAUUACGGUUUACUGGUGAGGAAGUUGCAUGGAUCCGGUUAGCGCUGCCGACACGUGUAUGUCUUUUCUAUAACAUAUUUUUAUAAGUAUCUGAUUGUACCAUGUGUGAUGUUUAAGGACAUCGACAUAAGGACAAUAGGACACUAAGAAUACAAUUCUAAAUAAUUUAUUAAUCCGCCAAAAUCAAACGUGUGUUUCGAAUAAAAACGCGACAAGACCGUUCGUGUAGAAACGCCUUUCUAGUCCGCAGUUGAGCUGCGAUGAAAUUGGUUAUUGCAUUAUUAUUUGUAAAUACUUUUUUAAUACUCAUCGGUCACACAAAACGCAUUUAUUAUUUUAAGUAAAACUUAUUGGCGAUGGUUUUGUAUUUGAUAUAAUACACUAAAUCGAACAUGAAUACGAACAAAAUUGUCAAAAUGUUUUUGCCUAUAUGCCUGUUUUUCAUCACAGCGGACGCACAACGAGGGAAAGAGACAAACGAGUAGUAUGAAUGGUUUUUAUUUAUAAUCUAUGCAUUGGAGCAAUGGCGCCCACUGUCAAUUGUCAUCUCGUCAUUAAGCUCUGUGACAAUUACAGUUGACAGUCCCGCCAUUGCUCUGAUAUAUAGAUUAUUAGAGAUGCAUGAAUUGAGUUACUUGAUGGACAGCCCCGGAUCUUGGACUGUUUGUUUUUUUUUUUAAAUACCGCUUGCAGCUAACAUUUUAAAUAUAUCAUCUUAAUUUCGUAAGACUGAUAUUGGGGUCUCUCAAAGCAUGCCACGACGACCAGUCUAUCGACUAAUCUUGCGAUAAUGAAGUGAAUUCAUUUGCCAGCUUGCCUAGAUCCGGGGCUCGCGUAUAAUUAUUUAAUAUUUUCAUUAUUAAUUACAAAAGUAUCGCCAGUAUAUAUGUUGUGAUAGUGGCAGCCUAAAUUAAUUUUAUCAUGUGUAUAUUUAAAGUUAUUUUUGAGAAUAUUUUCGACGGAGACGUUGUUUGUGUAAUUUUUAAUAAAGAAAUAGCAAUUUGUAA